AUGUUAUUUAUUGAUAAAUUUAUUUCAGCCAUACUUGAAGAUACCUAUAUUUCUGGUUGGAAUAGUUGGACUAAAAAUGGUGACAAAUAUUUUGGAUGGCGUUAUCAAAGUUUAGCUGGAACAGGCCAAAUUGUCUAUGGUAUAUGUGAGAAAACUAAUUCCCUAUUGCAUGACCAAAUGAAACAACCACGGAAAGGAUUAUACAAUCAAAGUAUUCUAACUGAAACAAACUUGCCUUCCACAACAUCAUCAUCAUCAUCACCAACAUCUGUAGACAAUGAAAAUGUACCAAGUGAAUUUUGGUUAUUUAGUCCACUGUAUAAAACAGAUACAAUAUUAAAUGUUCAUUUUGAAAUUACAUAUCAAAUGAAAAGUUGUUUACAACUUGGUUAUUUACAUCAAUCAAUGCAAUGUAGAGAACGUUUUGAUAUAUUGGCUUAUCAUACUGAUGUACAUUUAUCGUCUAUGGUACCAAAGGUUAGUUUGAUGAUUGAUUGA